UAGGACAAACGUUCAUUUCUUUUGCUGAUCAAAAAAUAUGAGUUGAUUUUGGAAUUCAAAUUUUAAUGGAUUGUUCAGACAGUUCUGAACCUGAUGAUGAUAUUCAUGGGUUUGAAGAAUUUAUUGAUUUCAAUGAUAUCUAUAAUAACAAAGAAAAUAUUUCUUUUGGGACUGAUAUUGAUAUAUUACCUUAUAAACACUUAAGUGAUCAACAUAUAUGGGAAUUAAUUGAAUAUGAUAUGAUAAAAUAUACUAAAAUACUUAACUCUCUUUUACUCUGUGAAAAUUUGAUUAAUCAAUGGCAAUGCUUACAUAUAUUACAAAGUUAUAAAUGGAACAUAUCCAGAAUUAAGCAAGAAAUCAUUCAAUCAACCACCAAAAUUACCAAUUUUUAUAUUCUUUGUCAAAUAUUAAAAUUAUUAUCUUCUACCACUGACAAUACAAAUUAUAUAAAGAAUCAAAUCUGUGAGGUGUGCCUGACAAAUCUAAAUGUAGCAGCUUUGUCAUGUGGACAUUCUUUCUGCUUGCAAUGUUGGGAAACGUAUAUUGGACUUAAACUAACUAAGGUUUCGGAAGCGACUUUCCACGAUCCCGAUCUCACAAUUAGUACUGAUCGAAAAAGAAACGACUAUUAUAUCCAUAAAGAAAAUAAUUACAAUCUAGCGCCUUCCAUAAAUACCAGACCUCUGAGAUCAACCUACAAGAACCCUUCAUUUAGCACCUCGAACUAUUUAUUAAACUCCUAUGAAAGUGAAAUAAACGUUAUUUACAACUUUCCGAACAAUAAAACGCCUUUGGGUUUAAAGAGAACUGGUGGUAUAACUUGCAUGCACACUGAUUGUGAAAUGGAAGUCACGUUCGACUUUAUAGAAUCCUACCUCUCCCGAACGAUUAAAGACUCUUACAAAUCGAGACUUCUCAACGAAAUUGUUAAAGCUCAUCCUAAACUAACCAAAUGUCCUAAUCUAUCUUGCGAAGCUUACAUGCAAUCCAACGAAUCCCUUCCGAAGAAAAUUAUCUGUGACAAUUGUCAAUCUCAAUUUUGCUUUUUAUGUCGCGAGCCUUACCACGCCCCUUGCGAUUGUCUCACCAUAGCCUUAUGGACCAAGAAAUGCAGCGAUGAUUCCGAAACAUUAAACUAUCUAAGAGCCAACACCAAAGACUGCCCAAAAUGUUUUGUCAGCAUCGAAAAAAAUGGUGGUUGCAAUCAUAUGGCGUGCCGUGAAUGCAAACAUGAAUUUUGUUGGAUGUGUCUCAAAGACUGGUCGACCCAUAAUAAGGAAUAUUCUCAGUGUUCUAACUUUGAAAAUGAAGACCAUGUGUUUCAAACUGAUAGUAACACACAAGACUCGAUAUAUCAAACUUUUCAUAGCAAUAAACAGAUAUCCAAGGCAACCCUUGAAAGAUAUUUGUUCUAUUAUUCUAGGUGGGAAAAUCAUAAAAAAUCUCUGGAAUGGGAAGAACUCAAUAUAAAAUCAUGCAUCGAACAAAGGAGCUACGAUAAAAUGCUACAAUGCCAAGGCACUUGGAUAGAUUGGCAAUAUCUAUCUAAAGCUGCCGAUCUGUUGAUUAAAUGCAGGCACACACUUCAAUAUUCUUAUCCUUACUUACAUUUCGCGCCACCUAACCCGCAAAGAUACAUAUUUCAAAAACAAUUAUCCCAAUUAGAAAUAGAGCUCGAAAAUUUAUCAUGGAAAUUGGAGAGAGUUGAGAUCAACCAUAAAGCUGAACUGGAGAAUCAGAUGAAUUUGGUUGACAAACGAAGAAAUAUAUUAUUAAAAUCAUUUUACGAAAGGGAUAAUUUUUAAAAAAUAUUUAUUAUAUUUAAAGGAUAAAAAACAAAAAAAUAAAUAUUAUUUAAAGACUCAAAUCUUAUUAUUUCGUUUAAAUUGUAGAGAGUUAAUAAAACCAGUAAUAAACAUUUAUUGUUUUUUUGAAAA